AGGCGCGCGCCAUGGGCGACUAUCUCGUAGUGGGAGUGCACUCGGACGCCGAGGUGGAGCGCAACAAGGGUCCGUGCGUAAUGCGCGAGGACGAGCGGUACGCGGCGGUGGCGGCCUGCAAAUGGGUGGACGAAGUGGUCAAGGACGCGCCAUACAUAACGGAGCUGGCGUCCCUGGACGAGCACAACAUCGACUUUGUAGUGCAUGGUGACGACAUCACCACAGCGGCCGACGGCACCGACUGCUACCAGAUAGUCAAGGACGCCGGGCGCUACAAGGAGUGCAAGCGCACGGCCGGCAUCUCCACGACCGAGCUGGUGGGCCGCAUGCUUCUGGUGACCCGCGACCACCAUAUCCGCGGUCCCCGCAGCUCGCUCACCAUGCAGGGCGUGGAUGAGUCGCGGGUGGCCGAUUUCUCGCACGGCUCGGCGCCUGCCGGGCCCCUGACCGGCAUUGCGCAUUACCUUUUUCGUCGGGUCCGCGAGCCGAAGCCCGGUGACAAGGUGGUUUAUGUCGACGGCGCCUUUGAUCUCUUCCAUGCCGGACAUAUUGAGUUCUUCAAGCGCGCGCGCCAGCUCGGCGACUACUUGCUGGUCGGCAUUCAUGACGACCAGACGGUCAAUGCCGUUAAGGGAGGCAAUUUCCCUGUCAUGAACCUGCAGGAGCGCGUGCUGGGCGUCCUCCAGUGCCGCUAUGUCGAUGAGGUCAUUAUUGGCGCCCCGUUCAGCGUUACCAAGGAUGUGCUGGAGUCCGUCUACCAUGUCAGUGUCGUUGUCCAUGGCGCCAGCGACCAGCCGCUGGACAUUGACGGCACCGAUCCGUAUGCCCUGCCCAAGGAGCUCGGCAUCUACCGCGAGGCGCUGGCCGAGGCCGAGGCCGAGAAGGCAGAGAAGGCCGCCAAGGCUGCGGCUGCCAAGGCUGCCAACUGAACCCGCUGGCCACGUUCCCAGGGAGCGUUUGUGUUUCCUAAUUAAAAGUCUCAACAUAUCUACUACAUCAUCUGCUGCUCGUAGAGCUGGUUGACAAUCGACAGGAUGCCGCCAAACCCAGCCGGCCGGUCGCCCGCAUACAUUGACAUGUUCAGUGAAUUGCCCAGCUCCGGCGACGCAACCAGCGGCAACGCCGACAAUUCCAGCCGGUCCGCAGCCUCCUGGUCCUCUGGCUCCUUGCCCUUGCCCUUGCCCUUGCUCUUGCCCGAUACGAUCGGCGCACCGCCCAGGGUCGGGCCAAACGGCAGCAUGGCCUGCGAUGCCAUCGUGCUCUGCAUGGCGUUCUGCGCAAACGCCCGGAACGGAUACUGCGACCGCCCCUGCUGGCUCGCCUUUGGCCGAUAGAUGCUGGCGCCCGUCGGGAACACCGACCCGGCCAUGCGCUGCUGCUGCAGAAGCC